AUGCUUUUUUAUUGCGUGUCGGAUACUUAUGGCAGUAAUUUUCGCGUUGGUGUGCGUGAGUAUAAUUGCCCUUCUAAUUUUGACAUGUGUUAUAUUUCUCUCUGCAAAUAUAACGAUUGGCUCAAUCCUGGUUAUUAUAGAAUGGGGUGUGCUGAUAAAGGGUUUUGUGAACAUCGUAAUGUUACUUGGCGAGGUCGAUGUUCGGAAUUGAAGGCCAGAAAAUACUUAAUUAAAUUGAAAUUAAUUAUUUAGGGAGUCGAAACAUUUUAUAAUCGAAACUUUAUGGGUGUCAGAUGCCGUGUUUGUGAUAAGGAUCUUUGUAAUGGUGCGCCUUAGAUGAGGACGAAAAAGGAUUUUUUGUGUUAAUUAUUUAAAAAUCAAAUUUUUGUA